CAUACAGGCGACUGGCGGAUGCUCCGUGAUUUCUGGUGCUUCUUUCGUGUUCCUCGUGUUGAAGUUCUGUGCGGAUACAACAUCGGGUGUGUCGAGUGUAGUAGCAGCGUGUGUGCCAGGAUCGUAGACAUAUCGUAUCUCAUUCGUGAAGUGUUUCGAGCUUGUCGCUCGCGUCUCAUUACUGUCUCGUGCUCGUGUAACGUUACUCGAUUCUCCGCUUGCCUCGCAAUCUUCGUUGCUCCUGAUCGGUCGCGAUCGUAUCACAUUUCCUGGAGCUUGCGUGUAAUAUGUUAUUCGCGCGUUAUCGUGAAUGCCAAAUAAAAUAUCGUGCCGUUCGACCGAAGCACGAUGCUCGGGCGUUAACCCGUCGAUCGAUCACAUUUUUCAAUCCGUGUCUAUUUGUUUUCGGUCUCAAUUCGUAUGUUUAUCAGUGUGUGAGAACGCGAACAUAAUAAUCGUCCGAUGACGCGUGUGUUGCGUAUUGUGUGUGUGUGUGUGUUAAUAAUCUCCACGACCAACCGGUCGCAAGAUUAUGUUACGCCGCGCGCGAUUCCCUGGCGCUUGAAAUUUGUCGUCUGCCGGGACGGUAACUUCCCAGACGGCGUCGCGGUAUCGGAAGUGGUGAACAAUAUAUCGUGCGGUCAUCGUCAAUGUUCAAUUCGAGAACGACAAAAAGAGACAUCAUCGGCGAAAGACGGUCUCCGUGGAGUAAUUCGGUCGACGUUGAAAACUUGACUGCUGCGCAUCAUGUGUCGAUAUUCCUCGGUGUGCUGCGAAUCGACGAGCGGAAGCUAACGUCCAUCGUCGCCGACUUAUAAUAUAAUAAAGUAAACGAACCGCAACCGGUUCGUCGUGUCGCGCGUUUUUUUCCGGGAGUGCCGUUUAAAAUAACUGGACUAAUGGACUCGAAAGAUUUUUAUAGACUUAAUUGGUCCACGGGCGCAAUUUUAGUGUAUUCAACGCUAGUGUUCCGCGAGUGUAACAGGAGAAGGAGAUUCAACAACUUGGAUCUUAGAGGAGGAGCGGUCCAUUAGGCGUCGGCGCAUCAACCUCUCGCUCUCUGAGACAUCCACUUUCCGAGAGAAGUCCCGGAGAUAAACCGUGAUUCAAUGCAGAGAGAGAUACUGGCGAGAGGACGAAUCGCGGAAGAUACGAAAAUGGACGCCGAGGCAGCGUUGUUGGAAAACUCGCCGACUUUGUCGACGAUUUCGUCGGAUUCAACGGAUGCAACGUAUUCGGGACCCGGCUCGCCCUAUUCCCCAGAAUCGCCGAUCAUCAUCACGUCCACCUAUAAAAAAAAACGUGACGAUGAGGUCACGCCCAGACCAACGCCCAGAUAUUUACUGCCAUCCAGGAAGCCCAGCUUCCGGAUACGACCGCCCUACCUCAUGAUCUGCAUCAGCAUCAUUGAGAUAACCGUCCACUGCCUGGGAGACGAAGCGACGUUACGGAGAUGGCUGGUCUACGAUCCUCGUCAGAGGGUGCAGGGCUGGAGGUUCGCUUCCUACAUGCUGCUGCACUCGAACGCACUUCACCUCGCACUCAACGUGGUCAUUCAGCUGGUCCUGGCCACUCCACUCGAGGUAGAGCAAGGACGAUUAGGGGUGGCAACGAUCUAUCUGGGCGGUGGAGUCUGCGGCGCUCUAGGAGCGUCGCUUCUGCAACCUAGUCUUUACCUGGUCGGUGCUUCGGCAGGUGUUUACGCGUUACUCACGAGUCAUCUUGCUCAUCUCUACCUGUGUCACGGCGAACUGCGCUACGCCGGCUGGCGUCUCGGGGCCGUGCUGCUGCUGGCCGGUGCGGACGUCGCGUCGCUGCCCAUCCCGGCGUUGCUCGGAUGCGGCCGAGUCGGUUGGGCGGCGCACGUCGCGGGCGCGCUGGCGGGUCCGCUUCUGGGUCUGGCCGUGUUCCCGAAUCAGAGCAAGAAGGACGCCCGGGGCCGCAGGUUCGUGCGGUACGUACGGCUGCUCUCGGCCGUGAGCGUGAUGCUGCUGAUCGUCGGCGCCAUCCUCGGCAACGUCUACCUGAUCGCCCUGCCGCAGCUCAGGAAGCCGUCCUGACAGAGGAUCGAGAUGCUCGUCAAGCUCUGCAGGCGGUCCUUCCUGAUCGUGAAGAUCCGGGAGGCCGCCGAGAGCGUGUUCGAGUAGGCUCGUGCGAACUCACGGGAUCCGAGCGAUCGAUCCCGUAACUGCCAGUGAACUUUUCCACUCCUCACCUCUCAGAUCUCACGUGAAUCUCGUGCAAAUCAGUCUCAUCAUCCAUUAGACACGAAUUACGCUGAAACGACACGCGAUUGCGACUUUAGGGAGUCCGUACGAAAAUUUUAACAUUUCACUCCAGGGUGGGAUCGUGUGAUCGGUACACUGAGACGCUUGUGAAGGAACUUGAGCGAGUGUUACGCUCAGCGAGUCGAUAGGACGAAACACCAAAGAUCGACGGCUCGUCGAACUUGUUCGUGCUACUCGCUGCCAUUAGAAUUUCUAGGAUGUCGAGGAUUCAUUAGACGGACUAUGCGGUUGAGGAGGUUACUCUUCGCGCCUGAUACUUUGAUAAAUUUGAUAUUACGAACAUUCGUGAACGUUGCGAUUUUUUCUACGGACAGAUAAGACGUUUAAAACUGCCGGCUAUAAGCGCCUGAUAGGAUCGGGUUGCAGCAUUUACAACAUAACAACACAAUUCGCAAUAAUUUUUCGUUAUAUCGAUCUCGGUACGUGGACGAAAUGUGUGAAAUGUAUAAAAAUAAGAAAAAUCUCUCCCGUAGCAAGGGUAACGAGGAUGAAGGGACAUGCGUUGGCGGUGUACGUAAGUCUAUCCAGCGGUGGCAAACGAUUAAUGUAGGAUGCGAGAAGUAAUUUAUUGAAAUAAAUGGAAAAGAGGAGGACGAUAUUGUUAUGGCUCGCGUGGUCGGAAUCGCGAUUUCGAGUACGUUGAAGCUAGUACGUCGCAACGUUGAGGAAGUUGACAAUGAGACAUUUUCAUUCUUUUACUUAUUCAUAUUAACAAUUUAGCGUGUACGAGAUGUAUAAGAAGAUGUAUAAAAUAAAGCGAUCAUAUUACUAACGUAAACGUGUUAUGAUAUAACGAAAAUUUUAAUAAUGGCAAGAUAAAUGUAUCGAUCGUUAAUAAACCAAAGUUUAACAACGCGCGACUGAUCUCGAGCUGCGAAAUUGUAAACUCUCCGUACAAACUAAUUCGCUGUCGUAGAAAUAACAUCGUAAUCCCGAAUCAUCUUUUGACGUUAUCAACUAAUUGUAGAGCGAGAUGGUAACGGAAUUAGGAGUCCAAAUUGAAUUCCUUCACUUCCGUUGAGCCGGAGUCCUGCCAUGUUUUCCGAUAAGUGUGCAAGAGAAAAGAUCUUUUAUAGCAUAAUCAUAACGCAAAGAUAAUCGCGUUUCUAUUUACGAAGCUGUAAGUCUUGCGAAAUAAUUAUAGGGUAGCGUAGCAUCUUUAAUCACGAUGUGCAGUGUUUGUUAAGAGAGUUCGUGUGCGUAUGGAUUUGGAGGCGUUCAUCAAUUUUCGACCGUGUUGUUUCUCUCCGCUUCAAUUCAUCAUAGCCAACGAUCGACGCCACGCAUCGAACGGUAACAUAAAUUAUCGUUAUUACAGCUUAAAUUAAUAGCUCGGUUAAACUUAUGCUUGCCGGAAUUCUCUGAUAAACCAUUAGACGAAGCUAAAGAGGAUAAAGGGGAAGGGGGAGGGGAGGAGGAAUAACGAUCGUGGCCCGCUUCACGAAAUUGCUGUUUAAGCGAUUUAAUCGAUAGCUUUUACUUAAUUUGAGUAUACCUCUAGUCGCUUUUGAAGUUUGUUAACAUUUGAGGAUCAUUAAGAAAAUUGCCGGUGACGCGCGGUCAGAGAAAUAUUAGUGCCGAAAUAAAUGAUAAUUGCGCGUAAUUACACGCAAGCACGUAACGAUAUAGAGCGUAAUGCCAUAUGCGAGAAAAAGUAAUGUGUUCUCCCGGACAGUUAAUCGUAUACUCGUAUACCUACUUGUUUAUUAUCAGUGUUACAUGAGACGAACUGGCUGUGAUUAUGUUAGUGUUAUCGUCGACAUGAUUACACAUUACUAAAAAUCUUGUAAAUAUAAAUUAUUGAAUAUAAAUAUAUGAUUACACACACACGUGCACACGUACUGUGAUUUCGCCGCGAGAGUAUACAUACAUAGUGAGACCCCGUUAUCUUCAUUAUACAUAUAUCGAAACAAUCGACUGCCUGCAAUAAAAUUUGAGCGAAUCGCAUGACAUUUUACAAAAUUCGCACAACCUCGAUUCCAUCAUCUAUAUAUUAUGCUCCUCUCAAUAUUCACAUUAUUAACUGUUCCCAUUCAAUAUCUGUCAUUCUGUAGAAUAUCGAGGGCAUGAUAUUUUGAAGAUUAGAGUUAAUUAGGUUUGUAAUUAACUCUUCGCAUUAAUUUUGAUUGAAUAAGCAGCCUCUUUUAUUGGAGAUUCAUUUUCCCAAACAAUUUCUACGAUGUACAUUCAUUACAUUAGUUUAAUAAUAUGAUUGUUACUUAUUUAUUUUAUAUUUUACGUGUUAAAAUAAUUUCCAUGAAGUUUUUACGAUGUUGUUAGAAAUGAUGUUUUCGCUGGAAAAACUAAAAGAAAUUGUGUUUUAUUAAAUAGGUUUGAUUAAAAAUACAGAGUAAUUGAGCAGCUUUGUGAAAAUUAAUUUUAUCGGAAAAAUAUAAAUGCCUCAUAUUCCGAUAUUUUCUACGGAAAAAAGAGGAGUAAGAAAAAAAAACCAAGCGCAAGAAAAUAAAGGUAAGAUAAUGUAAAAGUUUAUUACAACGAAUAUAAUAUAUAUAUGUAUAGUACAAGCCUCUGUGUACGGCAUUUAAAGCAAAGCCAAUUUUCAAGCUUGAAGUCAAUAAUAUAUUAUCGACAAACGUAA